AUGCCGAUCCAACAGCAAACAAAGGGAGAAGCAGAGCAGCACCAGCAUCAGCAGCAGGAGGAGCAGCAGCAUCAGCAGCAGCAGCAGCAACAACAGCAGCAGCAGCAGCAAAAGCAGCAGAAUCACGCUGCUGCGAUUUCAUUUGCUUCUUUAAACCAGAACGAAAGCCCCCAGCUGUCUCUGCAGGGGCCCCCAGGUGUCCCCCCUUCUACUCUAUCAUUGGGGGCCCCCCCUUUAGGUACACCCCCAGGGGGCCCCCUUCAGGGGGGACCCCCUGUAGACAAACCCUCUGGGGGCCCCUCUGGGAACCCCUCUGAGGGGGGCCCCCCUUUAGCCAGACCCCCUGAGGGCCCCCUGGGGGCCCCCUGUACCCUAGAUGGGGCCCCUAGUACCCUAUGGGGGCCCCCCAGUACCCUAGGGGGGGCCCCCAGUACCCUAGGGGGGGCCCCCAGUACCCUAGGGGGGCCCCCCAGUACCUUGGGGGCCCCGUCUAGUGUGAGUGCAAACCCUUUGUUUUGUAUGGGGGGCCCCCUGGUAGAGGAGACAGAAGAAGAGACACAUGAUUGGGCUGCAGAGCAGCUGGCAGCAUUCGGUGCUACAGCUGUUUCUGCUGCUGAAUUCGAACGCUCGGUGAUGGAGGACGUGGAGAAGACCCUCAGGGAGAAUGCAAAGUCGGCAGCAGCCUCGCAGCGAGUGCAGCAGCAGCAGCAGCAGCAACAACAACAGCAGCAGCAGCAGUCGCAGCCGCAGCAGCGUGAGGGGCACGUCGAGGCUGGAGCUGUAGCAACAGCAGCAACAGCAGCAGCAGCAGCGGGAGCAGCAGGCCAAGCCCCUUUUGUAUGCAGGGACCCAUCACCAGACUCUGCAGCAGCAGCAGCAGCCGCACCAACCGCAACGGCAGCAGCAGCACCACCAACAACAACAACAGCAGCAGCAGCAGCAGCAGCAACAGCAGCAGCAGGGAGUGCCCUCGAUCUGACAGAUUCAGAAGAAGAGACAAGCGACAGCUCAUGGGAGUCUCCAAAGGAAGGAAGGCAGAGAGCAGCAGCAGCAGCAGCAGCAGCAACAGCAGCAGCAGCAGCAACAGCAGCAGCAACAGCGACAAAUGAGGAGACGGGAACAGAAGACGGAGACAGCAACGAAUCAGAAAGUGAUUCUGCUGCUGCAGAGACCCAGCAGCAGCAGCAGCAGCAGCAGCAGCAGGGCUGCUACAUGGAGUUAGACGACACUGCUGCGCAGCAAUUCUCCCGCCGCCUGCAGCAGCACCAGCAGCAGCAGGAGCAGCAACAGCAGCAGCAGGAGCCUGCGGUGCCUCUGAUUGGGGGCUUCGCUUGUCCUGCUGAGGUGUACAGACAGCUACUGCCUCACCAGCAGCAGGGGCUGCUGUGGCUGCUGCAGCAGAUGCAGCAGCAAACCGGGGGGCUCCUAGGCGACGAGAUGGGUCUAGGAAAGACAGUGCAAGUUUCAGCUUUUGUUGCUGUGCUGCAUUACUCUAAAACCCUAGCUACAGUCUGGCCCUUCCAAGAACGCCACCAGCAGCUGCUCAGCAGCAGCAGCAGCAGCAGCAGCAGCAGCAGCAGCAGCAGCAGCGAGGGAGGAGUGCUGGUGGUUUGCCCCGCUACGGUGUUGGGGCAUUGGCUGAAAGAACUUCACUUCUGGGCACCCCUCAGCUUGAAGGGGCUGAGGGCUGCUGCAGUUGCGGCAAGCAAAUCGAAUGGUGUUCUGCUCACAACCUAUGAAACCCUCAGGAGACACAUCCACCACCAGCAGCACCAGCAGCAACACCAGCACCAGCAGCAGCAGCAGCAGCAACAGCAGCAGCAGCAGUGUUGUUUGUGUGUGUCUGCAUCAGAGUUUGCUGCUGCACUUCACUUGGAAACUGCUGGUGUUAGACGAAGGGCAGAAGAUUAA